GUUUAGCUGGCAGAAAGUCAUUUGCUUACUGUAUAUACAUACAACCAUCAUGAGUAAUUCCGCUACCACUUGCAUACCUCAAAAACACGAAUUAUGCUGAUGUCUCCACCUGAGGUCGGGCGCCCGCGCCCCCAGCAUGGCAACCCGCACAGCUCCUAGCGACCAUAAGUUGGUCAGGGGCCGGCUUGCCUUGCCGGCUCGCCCGGCCUGUCGCUUGGCAGCGCGUCAAGCGCUUCGCGCAGCAGCACGAAGGCUCGUGCUCAAGUGGAACCUAAUUCGUGACUUGCUAGUUUGUGGACAGCUCGGGGCCUCUUUCUCGGGGGCUGUUGCAGUGUGGUUGUGCCGCUUUAGCUGGUCAACGCACUUGCAGUCCCUGAAUUCAGCUCUUUGCCUUUUGUUUGAGGCCUGGAAGGUAGCCUGGCUUGUGGACCGGAGCUUGGUGAUAUCAACUGCGGGGUUUCAGCGCGGACAUGGCAUAUCGGCCCAGCCUCAAAAGCCUGCCAGCUGGAUUCUCUGGCUCUGGCUCCGGCUUAUCAGCGUUAGAACAAUCAGGAAGUCAAUCAAACGAUACAAUUGCAAAUCCUUCGGCCGCGGGAAUCGUCGGAGCAUACAGACCGCUGACAGCUGCCGUCCCCGUCAACCCCUACGCUUCUGGGACCCCUCCUUCCCGCCCGGUCGGCGAUGCGGCUGGCGACAUCAAUGGUGCAGCCUCUGCACAGCCGGCCAAAGCUGUGCCAGCACCUUACCAGCCUCCCGCGCUCGCCGUCUGCACCUUCGCCGCGACAGCGGUUGGCGCUCAGCCUCAUCCUGCGGAGGCCGUGACGCCUCCGCACCUCACGCCAACUAAGUCGGCUGGUGUCACAGCCAACAUGUUGACAGCCGUCCGCUCGCCGUUGCCGGGGUACAGCCUGACGCCGCCAGCGGCUGUGCACACCAGCUCCCCGGCAUCGUUAAUUCCCGGCCUCGCGCAUUUGGCCUCGCCGGCGCAGCACACCGCUGCUGCCGAGCUGGCGAGUACCGGCAGUGUUGGCAGAGUCAGCCAAACCGGACUAUCAAUUGUGGGCCUGCCGCCAGCGCUGGCUGCGGCGAAGGCUGUAGCAGCCAGCGGCAGCGCUGGUGGCUCGCGCCCGCUCAGCACCCACCCGUCUCGUGGCCCCAGCAGCGAUGGCCUGGCUCAGCAUUUUCCAGCCGUGGUUCCAUUUCCAACGGCUGCUGCCACAAACAGCCAAGCGGCAGCUUACAACCCAAUGCUUAUGACAUUGUCAACGGGAGCAGUAGCAGCCCCCGCCGCCGCCUCGCGCUCCUCAACCCCGCCCCUAGCCCCGCAGCAGCUGGUGCCGGCAGCAACCACCAUCGCUGUCGCGGACAGCCUUCACUCCUCUAAUCUGUCUCUGACGCCGCAACAGCAACCAGCAGCUCUGACCGCUCCUGCGAUUCCAGCAGCCCCUAUCCAUGCCCCCAUCGUCAGCACUGCGCCAGCGCCUGUGCGGCCUGUCGUGUCUGCCGCGGCGCCGGGCGCACACCUGCCCACGCCCAUGGUGGUUGGGCGGGUGCCGCAGCCUGUGCUGGCCGCUGCCGCACCCGUGCCCAUUAUCACCUCCAUUGCCGCGCCGCACCUGCUACCGGCAAGCGGGAGCGGCCAUGACGGCGUCGACGGAGAUGCGGCGGCGCGGCGCCAACUCGCCAUCCAACUGGCGGACAUGAUGGGAGGCAGUGUGGACGUGGCGACCUGCCUGGAUGUGCUGGAGCAGGUGGGCGGGGACGAGGGCCGGGCCGCAGCGGUGCUUCUGGAAAUGUGCGGCGCCGGUGCUGGCGGCGGUGGCGCAACCAGCGACCGGCUGCCCGACGUGGUGGCGCCGGUUGCGGCUGCAGCCGCAGAGGACAUGACGUUCGCCGCUGGCGAUUUCGGUGCCGGUGCGGAAGCGCACGGCUUCUUCGCAGCUGCUGACAGCUUCGGAGCCGCCGCUGCUGGUCCCAGCACGGACGCGCGCUCUCCAGGCGAGGGCUUUCUGGGCAUGGCCGCGGGCUUUGGAGAGGCGGCGGGCGCUGCUGCGGAAGUGGCUGCUGCCAGCGUCGAUGCAGCUGCAUUUGACUUCGCGUCAAUCGCCGGUGGCAGCCCACCUGUGGGCCAGGGUGCGGAGCAUAUGCGUGCGGUGCUGGAGGCCGCGGGGCUCAGCUGCGACGACGAGGGCCUGGCACAGCUGUUUCAGCAGCAAGAGGAGAUCGAGGAGCAGCGCCGCCGCGAGCAGCUGCAGCAGCAAACCGCCGCAGAUGAGGCAAAGGUGAAAGAGCUGCAGCAGCAGGAGGAGGAGGCGCGGGCAGCGAGAGAGCGAGGAGAGCGGGAGCGCGCGGACGCGCAGGAGGCAGCAGGGGCGGCGGGCGCCGUGCAGGAUGCAGGCGCGGCGUGGGGCAGCAGCGGCACGUCGGGGGGCACGGCCACGCAAGCAACGGGCUACUUCAGCGCUGCGGCCGCGGACGACACGGAUGCCUUCUUCCAGCGGCCCGAGGAGGAGGGCGCUGAUGACACGGUGAACAUCUUUUUUGGUCAGGUGUACGACGAGGAGGCGCUGCGCUUCUGUAUGGAGAUAUGCCAGGGCGAUGUUGAUUUGGCCCUGGAGGUGCUGGGUGAACAGUAUUUGGAGAUCAAGACAAAGGAACAGCAGGAGGCUGAUGAGAAAUUCGCACGGGCCCUGCAGCAGCAACACUCGAGCGGGGGUGCGGCUGUGGGCGACAGCCUUUUGGAGGACUACAUGAUCAACGCGGCGGAGGGGUUGGCGGACGUGGCGGACUCGCAGCGGCGGCUGGAGGAGCGGCAGCCGGCGGAGCGUGGCAGCCGGCGCGGGCGGCUCGGCAGCGACGCGGAGGGCCGCAGCCGGCUGGGGCUCAACGUCCUGCGGCGCCAGUUCCCGGACGCAUACAACGACGGUGUGGUGGAGGACGCGCUGUCCAGCCACGGAGGCAACGUGGAGGGCGCCCGCGCGGCGCUGCUGGCCAUGGGCUACUGCGAGGCCCGCGCCUCCAGCACCCUCUCUGCGGCCGACGCGCCCGUGCCGCCUGCACAGCAGCGCCACCCAACGCCGCCGACACCGCCGCAGCAGCAGCGCCGCCCCGGCGCAGUGCCGGCGGGCGCGGGCGUUGGCGGAGGCCGGUACAGCGACGAGGAGGGGGACGGCGCGGCGCUGGUCAGCAACCGGGGCCAGGCGCAGCAGUGGCGGCUGGAGGGUGGCGGCUUGCCCGGUAACGCUGCGGUGCUGGGCUCAGACAGGCACGCGGGUGCCAACGGCGCUGCAGCUCAACGCGCCACACAGCUGGCGCAGAUGGCCGCCGCCUACCCCAACGGCAACGCCGCGGCCGCCCUGGCUGCCGUCGCCGGGAACGGCCACGGCCAGGACCAAGGCGGCGGCGGCGGCGGCUACCAGGACGACGACGAGGAGGGCGGCGGCGCCGGGCCGUCCACCAGCACUGGAGCGCCGGCCGGGUACAGGCCGCUGGGGCCCAUCAAGGCGCUGGCCACGCUGGGCCUCAACUUCGACGAGCUGAACGUGUCGGACGAGUUGCGCGAGACGGUGCGCUUCGCAUUCAAGGCGGCGGGGCUGCCGGCGGUCUUCCAGCAGCAGGCGGAGGCCGAGGCGGCAGCGGCGACGCAGUCGUCGGCCGUGGGCGGGCGACGCGUGGGCUACGGGCUCACACACGAGGAGAAGCAGCAGGUCUGGGCAACCAACCGCAACCUUCCGAAGGCACUGCAUGAGAUGGCGCGCCGGCUGAAGGCCGGCGGGAAGAAAGCGUACGACGCAGGCGACCGCCGCCUGGCCGGAGAGAUGAAGCAGGCUGUUCUGGCGAUUGGGCAGCUGGAGCGCGAGGCGAACGAACGGGCCGCCAUGCGCAUCUUCACGAACGUCAACAACUCCCUCCAGCAGCAGUGGAGCACCGACCUGCACGGGCUGCGGCCGCACGAGGCGCUCAGGCAGCUGGAGGAGCAGCUGCACAAGCUGUCCAUCAUGGGAGGCCACGUCAAGUGGACCAUCAUCACCGGCAAGGGGCUGCACUCGGACCAGGCCCUGGGCCCCGUGCUGCCAACCACCGUGGCCGAGUGGCUGGCGCGCAAGCGGCUGCAAGCGGUGGCGAUGCCGGGCCACUACGAGGUGCACCUCACUCCGGAGCUCUUCGAGCGCCUGGCCGCGGACGCGGCGGGAGGCGGGCAGGCGGGCGCCGGUGGUGGGCAGGCGGGCGCGAACGGGUAGGCGGUGCUCAAAGCGGCGCAUGGGAUGCGCGGGAGGACGGUUGCCGUUUCUGUAAUAUGUAAUGGUGGUGCGUUUGGCGCCAUGGUCAGGGAGGCAUUUGCAGUUGUGUGUGUGUUAUGUACUUACGUAGCAUGCUGCCGGCGUUAUCGUAGUAUCUUCCCCUGCGGCUUCCAGGUGUCACAGCGGCCAUACAGUAGACGUUUCCCGCUGACAAUUGUUUUGGUGGGUGUGGUAUUAAGGCACUACACAGGUAGUUCUAGCAAUCAUAAUAAAGACUCUGUAACAGUAUGGCAAAUGUUACGAGUACGGUAUGCGCAAUUGCGCAUCACGGCAUCACCUUUCGUCGUGCGCUGGCGGGUGCCGUGCCCCUGUGCCCGUGCGGACUGGGUGACAAGACGGAGCCACCAUUGACAUGGCCUUGCAGCCGUACUUAGGGCCAAAGUCCUGAGGGUGCGAGCGUGAACGGGCGCCCCCAUGACCAGCAUGCGGCUCACCUAAUGACGGGGGUCCUCAAUCCUCGCCGCCAACACGCAACUUUGCUGUUGUCAGUCCGCUGCGGCAGCGCCAGCCGUCAAGUGUCAAUCAAGCGGGACCUUCUAAAGCAUCUACCAGGAAAGCCCAC